UGCCAGGUGUUGUCGCGGCGACUAUCACUGUGUCCGUCCGUCGCUCCGUCCGUCCGUCUGUGUUGUCUCCAUCUUGGGAAGGGGGAACCUGCCGCGAGCCUAUGGGAUUGAUUGAAUGAGAGAUAGAUCGCAACGAAGCUGAAGAGGCCCAGGCGUUGCGUGUUGAAGGGCCUGUCUUAGUAGCGCUCCCUUCCUCCUGGCGAUUCUGUUGGAGUUGUCGCAGAGUUUCGACAACUGUCAUAGCGAUGGCUGUCGCACUGGGAGCAGCAGGUUCUUUUGCUGGUGCUGCUGCAGCACGGGCCUGGACUUGCAGUAGCAGCAUCAGCAGUUGCAACGAGAUCCGGACCCGGUCGACGAGUGUCACGAGUGCGCAGGUUUGCGGUCUGAUAAGGGCGGAUGAUGAGGUAGGACGACGCGGCGUCAAGACGAGGAGUCUGCGGUCUGGGGGGGUGGUGAGGCGAGCUGUGCAGCGGACGGAGCCGGAGCUUUACGAUGGCAUCGCCCACUUCUACGAUGAAUCGUCGGGCGUAUGGGAGGGCAUUUGGGGGGAGCACAUGCACCAUGGCUACUAUGACGAGGAGAUUGUGGAAGCCGUCGUUGACGGCGAUCCUGACCACCGGCGAGCGCAAAUCAAGAUGAUUGAGAAAUCUCUUGCGUAUGCUGGCGUUCCUGAUAGCAAAGAUUUGAAACCGAAGACGAUCGUCGAUGUGGGUUGUGGGAUAGGGGGAAGCUCACGUUACUUGGCCCGGAAAUUCCAGGCCAAGGUGAAUGCCAUCACGCUCAGCCCAGUGCAGGUUCAGAGAGCCGUAGACCUUACUGCCAAGCAAGGCUUAUCUGACCUCGUCAAUUUCCAGGUAGCGAAUGCCCUGAACCAGCCCUUUCAGGAUGGUUCGUUUGAUCUCGUGUGGUCCAUGGAGAGCGGCGAGCACAUGCCAGACAAGAAAAAGUUUGUGGGCGAGCUUGCACGAGUAGCAGCUCCCGGCGGUCGCAUUAUCCUGGUGACGUGGUGCCACCGUGAUCUCAAGCCCGGUGAAACUUCUCUCAAGCCUGACGAGCAGGAUCUUUUGGACAAGAUUUGUGACGCAUUCUACUUGCCAGCCUGGUGCUCGCCGUCGGACUACGUCUCCAUAGCCAAAGACUUAGGCCUGCAGGAUAUCAAGAGCGAGGACUGGUCCGAGUACGUGACGCCCUUCUGGCCAGCGGUGAUGAAAACCGCCUUGUCCAUGGAAGGGCUGGUGGGACUGGUCAAGUCCGGCUGGACUACUAUGAAAGGAGCUUUCGCCAUGACGCUCAUGAUCCAGGGCUACCAGCGAGGGCUCAUUAAAUUCGCUGCCAUCACUUGCAGGAAGCGGGAUUGACCGACUGAUUCAGUCCUUCCUCAUUUCUCAUGACAUCAUGGACAAUGUCGCAACCGAUUACAUUCUUAUGCCAGUGAGGAAUGGUUGCGUGGUUUCUGGUAAUCGUCAAGCUUCGGAGUAUAAGGGAUUGAGGUCUCCGCUAGUAGACUUUACUAUGGCAUAUUCAACCAUCUGUACCUUGAGGGAGUAAUCACCAAUUCGUGCAUACAUCAUUCGGCAAAAGAUCAUUGGACGUCUCUUCCAGAGAGAGGUGAUUUCUUUCGAGAAUCUUUCAUGGAUUCAUCGUUUGAUAGACGGGCUUACAGUCCGGCUGUUUUUGUGCUCAGAAUUUGCGGUGUUUUGGUGAUGUUUGAGAAUCUGUGGGCUGUCUGAGAUCCUGUUGGAGACGAAGCUUGUCAAAUGGUCUUUUCUAGUUCUUGUCCAUUGCAGUUUCCAUUGACUGCAAUUUAUAAAAGACAUCAACAUAGUUUUAGGUCUAAUAGUCGUUUCAUCACGUACUGCUUGUGACAUGUGUAACCAGGUCACGGUGGAUGUGCAGAUUUGACUGAACUCCAUUAAGCUGCACUGCAAGACUUAAGUUACAAUCAGCACCUGUUACAAUGCAUUUUUCAUGACUUUAUUUUAAAGUGAGUUUUCAAAGAGUUUUAUGAUAGCUUGAUUUUAAGCUUGAAAUGGUGUUGCAAGUCAAGUUUUAUGAAGAGUCUUCAUCUUUACAAGAAUUUCACAGAACUGUCAAAUAGGUGAUUAUAAUUUGGAACGGUCAUCUUUGUUACAUUGUGAAAAUAUGAAUUAUCCUACGUAUCAGAGAACGUUAUUCUGGGCUUGCAUGUGUUCAAUGAAUUUUGAAAAUAAAAAAGCAUCAUCUCA